AUGAAGCAUACAAUACUAAGCACGAUCAUCCUCCUUCCCCUCGCCUACAGCAGGACCGCCAAAGAGCUAUGUAGCGGUACCACUGAACUAUCCUCCGAUGGCAACUGGUACUGCUCUGAGGUCUGGGCCAUCACCUACCGCAACAUCAGUCAACCCGGCGCCUACAACCGAACCACAGCUGUCGAUCCACAGACAGGUCUUUGUGGUCAUGAACGUGUCAGCUACCCUAGCACAGGGCCAUUGGCGCCAUUGUUCGGACAGGUGUCGAUGCACCUCCGCGGACCAAUGAAUGUCUCUCAGCUCGCCGUCUACCAACUCCCGGGUGAGAUGCACACUAUGAAGAAGCGAACUACUGUGCCCUUCUACAACCAUCGGCGAUCGUUGGAGCAGCCAGAGACAACAGUGGCCACGGAUGCCACUACCAGGCCGACACAGUCAACAUCGUCUGGCUGGUUCAACCUUUUCAACAGGAAUGCAUGCACUACGACGGCCAGCUGCACCUCGACGACAGUGACGCAUACGGUCACAGUCAAGGCAGUCUGCUCCCCGACUAGCAUCCCACAGUCUGCACCAAACACAACCUACGUAGGUCCCCGACUGCCGUGCUUGCCUACAUCUGGUGCUGUACCAAUCCCUGGCUCCACACUCCCAAACCCAAACUGCAUCUGCGAUGAAGAUGAAGAUCUCGAUGCCAUCCACCAGCGACCCAAUGGGCAGGUUUAUGUCAGUCGGACAACAAAACAUGCAUCGAAACCAUCAUUAACACAAGAUACUUUGCCUGUGUCUCAGCAUCCGGAUGGACAGCCUUUUGAUGUCCCCCCACCAUCGUCAUCGCCCAUGGUGAAGAGACAGGCUUCAGAUUGGGGGCGGAUCGCGUACUAUACCUCGACAUCACCGGCUCAAGCAACUGGGUUCAGCUUUAUGGCAAAUCUGGGUGACCCCCAGAAGUCUGGUACUUUUGACUAUGCAUUCGGAAACUCGCUCAGCUACGUCACUCCCCGGGGUGACCAAGUAGCAGCUGAGAGUCAGCCGUUCGAAGGUACGCUGAAGACGUCUGAGAACGAGAUCGUGGUCCUUUCCGAUAAAGAGUGUGACGCAGAGUGUCCGUACUGGAGACCAGAUGCAACAUCUCACUACGGCUGGUCAGGCUCCUCGAAAGCCUUCUUCAUUGAAUUCCAGAUGGACCACUACGACAAUGUAGGCACAGACCAAGGUCUCCUCUCCGACGCACCGGCCUACUGGUUCCUCAAUGCAGCCAUACCACGCAUCCUUCAAUACGGCAACGAUCGCAACAACGUCCCCUGUUCGUGCUGGACAACCGGCUGUGGCGAGUUCGACGCAUUUGAGCUUCUUAGCAAAGGCGCCGAACGCGCAAAGUCGACUAUACAUCGGCAGGGCAAUCUGGAGGGUGGUGACUCCAACUACUUCAGUAGACCGGUGGGCAAGAAGAUGAAGUUUGCGGCUGUGUGGCAUUAUCCGCAUAUUACGGCAUUGGUGUUGGACGACAACUUUGAUUUUUCAGAAAGCAUGUCGAAUGAUGCGAUGGAAAAGUUGGUGGCAUAUGACCCGGAUAGCUGGGUACAUUCCCUGUAUGCUAUCGGAGACUGAGGGUUUCGAAAUUCGUAUGAAGACAUCAUGUAUGUAGUUAUACACCUAGCAGUACAAUCGAAGUGGCCUCGAAUUGCACAAGGACCCAUUUGUUAGGUUCCGACGCGUGAGCGGUGCGACCGAGGCAGGCUCAUGAGCAAUGCAACAAUCAUCUGAAGACGGACAUGGGCGAUGCAGCGGAGUG